UGGAAAAAUAAUACCAAAGUAUUCAUUGAAAAUACUUGUUUUAAUAAUGGCCAUAAUUUUGAUGAUAAUUAUUGGAAUACUCAGUAAAUUAAUUUACAAAGAUAGCAUUAUCAAAACAAUCUGUGAUAUAAUUACUGUUGUAGCUAUAUUUUUUAUUGCUCUAUCAAUUGUCUACAUGAUCCAUCAUACUGCCAAUUUUUGUACAGAAUUAUUACAGGCAAAUUUUAAUUACAAUGAAAUAACAAAUGUACAAAAUUUGAUGUUUUUUAAUGUCCAAUUUUCGUGUGUUUUAUUUGUCUUUAGUUUUUUUAUGAUUUUUUAUUAUUCAAAUGUGGGUAAUCCAGUAGUUCAAGUGUGGCAACAUGGACCAGCUGUUGGAUUUUUUGGUCUUGCUGCUGCAUUUUUUUUGUCCUGCAUGUUGAAUAUGAAUGAAAAUAAAUUAACUGAUGAUGAGUCGAUUCAAGAAGUGGAAGGAAUUGAUUAUGGAAGAGGAAUGGCAUACUCUUAUUACUAUGGAUAUUUGAGAUUUGUUCUUCCUUCUGAUGGUAUCAAUAACCCUGGAAUUCGAUCAAAAAUCGAAAUGUAUGAAGCCAGUGAAAAUGUCACGAUACCUGUGAAGAAGCUUUUUAUUUUAAUUCCAGAGUCUGGAUAUAUUCCUCCAGAUUUAUCAGAGGCAUCAAAUUAUCGGCUUGAAGGAGCCAAGAGUCUUCAAAGUGAAAUUCGUGAUAGAGCUGGAACAAAAAGACGUGAUUACAAAAAUACUGUAUAUAAAAUUCAUCCAAAUAAUUAUGAACCAGGACAUCGUCCAGUUUAUAUUGUUGUUGAAGGUGCAACACCAAUGCUCACACUUUAUGAAAUUCUCCAGCAUAAUCAUGAACAAACUGCAACAUAUAGACGAAAUAAAAAGCAAAUUGUUGCUUCAUUUUAUGAAACACUGGCUAAACUUGUUAGUGAUCCAAGUUGUCGAAAUGUUGUUGAGCUUGUUUAUUACCAAGAUGAUGAUGACACAGGGAAUCGAAUUAAUGUUGCAGAAAUGUUGCUUGAUCGAAUUCGGCAGCAAGCCCUUCAGUCAUUUUAAUGGACAUUUUUUUUUUUAUACUCAAAGCACAUUUAGGUUUAUGGAAUAAUUUUUAAUGGAAAUUAAAUUACAUUUAUAUUUUUUUGUAUGUGCCAGCCAAUUAAUUAAUUUGUUGAAGAUUUGAACUAUGAUAAAUUAAAAAAGAGCUUUACCUGAAAAAGAUAUCAAUCAAUGCUAUACAAUUUUA